AUGGCAACCUCCUCUACCUACAACAUGGGCGCCCUCACCGACGUCCUCCCUCCCCUCCCCCUCGUCCAGCCGCCGCCCCCGCCUGCCCACCGUCCCGCGCCGCGCCGCCGCCCCAGCCCGCUCGAGCAGAUGCCGGCGAGGGUCGUCGCAUGCGUUGCGAGGUGGCUCGAGCCCGACUUGCGGGACGACGACCGCCUGUUCGAGGGACCGUCGCCCGACCUCGUCCACCUUUCGUCCGCCUCCCCUGACCUUCGGGCCAUGUUCAACAGGGAGCUGUGGCACAGCGCCACCUACGUCGCCCCUCCUCUCGCCGGCCCCGCGCCCCAGGCGCCCGCUCGCGACCUCAUCGCCCUCCACGACGUCGUCUCGACCGGCCUCGUCAAGCCGGUCCACAACCUGUCGCUCGUCGGCAUCGUCAGCGAGGUCAAGGUCGUCGAGCAGGCGGCGCACAAGGUGUACGACGCCGAGGUGCAGGGCAACGCGCUCGCAGACGUCGUCGGGCGGCUCGGCGGCGUCGACGGGUCGCUCGAGGCGGUCCGGCUCGAGGAGAUCGUCCUCUUCCGCGACGUGAUGGAGCGCAUCCUCGCCAGGAUGACGCUCAACGACCGCCUCAAGUCGAUCUCCAUCAAGAACGUCACGUCGUUCGACCUGCCGGACGACAAGAAGGACCCGUACCUGUUUUGCCCUGUCGCUUCCCUCGCUUGCCUCCUCGUCGUCGACAGCGACCCGCUUUUCAUCCUCCUGGCCGGCCAGUGCCCGGCCCUCACCACGCUCGCCGUCGCCUCGCCCGCCACGCUGAGCAAGACGAGCCUCGAGAGCAUCGUCUAUGCCAUGCCGAACCUCAAGCGCUUCAGCAUGGUGGCCGGCUCGUGCGGCACGACCUCGCGCCUCCUCCUCCAGUCGCUGCUCCCCGCGCCGACCACCGUCGACAUCCCGCGCGACCUCGCUUUGCAAGAACUCGUCAUCGACCUCGGCAACUCGAGCCUCGACAUCCUCGUGCAGGCGCUCGCCCUCAUGCCGCAGCUCGUCAAGCUCGUCAUCCUCAACGCCGGCCCCGUCAACCCGGGCAACUUUGCCGGCUUGGUCCACGCCGCGCCCAGCCUCACGAGCUUGAUCGUGCUCGCCGGCGACGGCUCCUCGGGCGUGUCCUGGACUGGCUCGAUCAACACCUACGCCGCCCUCUUGGGCCGACUCGACGAGCUCGAGUACUUCGCCUGCGACUUCCUCGUCGGCCCAACCCGCCAGAGCGCCCGCCAGUCGGUCGUGCAGAGGCCCGUCAGGGCGACGACUUACGCUCCGCCGCUCAGGGCCGUCGGCAAGGCCGCCAUUUCCCUCCAGUCGAUGUUCAUCAUCAACGGCAAGGAAGGUGACGGAAAGUGGACGGGUGCUGCUGCCAAGUACUCGCGCAUCGGUCCUUACCGCAACACGUCGGUCACCGUCACCGACCCCGAGUCGUUGAGCCUGAGCGCCCUCACCGUCGGUCGCUGGGAGCGCGACGCGUGCCGAGCCUAG